CGUUCCUCCAGGAGCUGGGGCUGGCAGCCCGGCAGGGUGGGCUGCGGCAGCUGGGUGGUAGCCUGUGUCUCUUCCUAGGGGUGGGGUUGAUACACAGCUUAUCACAUUUCUCCAGGGUCGCUCGGACCCCUGGAAUUAGCAGGGCUGUGAGAGGGAGUCGUGCCGGGUGGGGUGAGCUCUUGAGAUUAAUGCAGCGGUUUGACUGCGGGAGGCUUUUCGGCUGUAUGGGGGCGGGGAAGAAGGGGCGCAGCGCUGCGGGAGACUUAACUGUGUUUUCCUUGGGCUGCCCAGACAGAGGGAAAAGCUGCUGCAGACUGCAGACGGGGAGCAGGUUGGGCUGUGAGUGUGGCACCUGAUGGAGGAACUCGGGGGAGGGAGGCAAAACCAUGGCCCUGGACCCUCUGGGCCUGGUCAGAGGUCUAGUAGAGAAAGAGGGGAGGUUGCCCAGCGACCAGGCUCAUGCUGGCCAAGGAGACUCUAAUGGUCUAUCUUUGCAAAUGCCAGCGCAGCUAUCUGGGGAGGGAUUGUGGGUGGAGGCAUGACAAUGGGUCCUAGUCCCUUUCUCCAGGGUGAGUGCCAGUUCCACCCAGGCUUGGAGGUAGGGGAAGACAGAGGGUGUCUCUCAGACCCCACCCUGCAGGUAGAUUGACUGAGGCUAGAAGUGUGAAGACCUUCAGGGAGGUUUGAGGGAAACCCUGAACAAGCUUCUCGGAUGGAGGGGGUGAGUGAAGUGGGUCCCAGUGCCCUACAUGGCAUGGGAGUGGAGGCAAGACACCGUGCGCUAUAGGAGCAGUGGCCCUUUGAGAAAGGAUGGGUUUGUGGUGGCUGAGGUGUUGGUAGGUGUGCAUGCGUGUGCGUGCGUGCGUGUGUUCGUGCCUGUGUGCAUGCCUGCGUAUGUGUGUGAAGGGGUGUUUUGCUGCUGAGCAGCUCAUAUAUCCAAAUGUUUUUAACAGUGAGUCAGGAGACUUAGGGCCUAGGCCUGGCUCACCUUGCUGCGUGACCUUGGACAAGUAUGUUGGUUGCACACAGCCUCCAUGAUUCCAUUUACAAACCUGGGUUCAGCAGGGCUGCUCUGCCCCUUAUUCAAGGAUGUUGUGAGGGCGGUGGGAAACUAUUUCAGAAUGAUAGUUGAGUGGCCUGGGAAGACAAUCUUUAAAGCAGGCCUGCAGGGAGCCCAGUGCUGGGCAUGUUUGUUGAGUGAGUGUGGUUGGUGCUCAGCCUUUGGACCAGACCUGGCUCCUUGGGAGCUCUUGCUUUGGUUCAGUGACCUGCAACUUUUCAAGUGUAGGAUUCAUCUUGUUAGACAGACGGGCUACCUUUAAUGUUUAACCCGGGGAGGUCACUUUCAGGUUUAUGGGGGUUUAUUUUGCUUCCUGCUUUAAGCCACUGGUGACCUUCCUUCCUGCAGGUUUCAGGUCGCCUUCUGUCCUUGGGUAUCUGAAUGGAGAAGCUGCUCCUGGGAAUUGCCCGACAGUAUUUAGCCCAUGCGUUGUGUGUUGCAGGCACAGGGCUCGGUGUGUCUUUUAACAGAAGGUAGCUCUCUGUUCUUGAGGUGCUGGGUUGGAGUUAGAGGUAGCAUGGCCACCCUAUCCCAAGGUGAUGAUGAAGGGCACAGGGUUGGGCAGCAGACUGCAAGGGGAUGCUGGAGAGGCCAGGGAAGUCUUCUAGGAGGUAAUUGGUCUUGAGAAAAGCCCAGGACGACGGGCUGUGAGGAAAUGAAACAAAGCUGUAGAUGGGCAAACGCUGGGGUUUGUUGGAAGUGAGUGAUUCAAAAGGCUGGAGAAUGGCUGAUCCGUGGGGUCUUCCUUGAUCCCUCUCUCUGCUUCUGCUUCUCUAGGGGCUGGUGACUGCAUCUGGAAGUGCCCAUGACAGAGCUGGUGUCCUCCAGGGAAGGGUCUCCUACGGGGGACGGGGAGGAGGGUCUGGGGGACGACCAAGGCCUGGUUAUCCACCACCCGGCAGAGGAACAGCCCCACCGCUGCCCACUGUGCGGCCAGACCUUCUCCCAGCAGCCCAGCCUGGUGCGGCACCAGAAGGCGCACGUAGGGGCGGGUCGCACCGCCGCCUUCGUGUGUCCCGAGUGCGGCAAGGCCUUCAGCGUCAAACACAACCUGGAGGUGCACCAGCGCACACACACCGGCGAGCGGCCCUUCCCUUGCGCCGAGUGCGGCCGCUGCUUCAGCCUCAAGCAGAACCUGCUCACGCACCAGCGCAUCCACAGCGGCGAGAAGCCGCACCAGUGCACGCAGUGCGGCCGCUGCUUCCGCGAGCCGCGCUUCCUGCUCAACCACCAGCGCACACACGCGCGCAUGCCCACGCCACACCCGCGUCGUCCCGGUGUCUUCGGGGAGCGGCGACCCUACUUCUGCCCACGCUGCGGCAAGAGCUUCGCGCGUGAGGGCUCGCUCAAGACCCACCAGCGCAGCCAUGGCCAUGGGCCUGAGGGCCAGGCAGCCCAUUUAGGACGUGUGCUAUGACCCGUGGGAGGCCUGCCACCAUCAGCUGCCUCCGAUCCAGGAGCCACAUCCAGGGGUGCUGAGUUGCCCCCUCUCUGGAUGGGCUCAUGGGAGAGGGGCAGGGCCAGCUUGGGGUGUUGGAAGGGCUUGAGCCACCCCCUUUCCUUCCUCCCCCUGGACCCUUUGGCUGGCUGCAUGCAUCUGCUAUGGGUUCUGCGUUAGUUUGCCUCCUCAAUCUCCUGUGGCCUAGAGCAGAUACAAAGCAGACAGGACCUUGUGGCCCAGGACAUGCAGGACAUAGCUGGGCAUGGACACUAAGAAUGGAGUCCCAUGGGGUCCUGGCAUCCUGGCAUGAGGAUGUGUCUCCUCAGAAGACCUACCUCUGGAGGUGCCCUGUGUUGGUAGAGCUGGGAAUUAGAGGCUGGGUCCAUGCCUUUGGUGGGAGAACUCCCCAGGUCUGACUUGAGUUACAGCUGGGCAAGCCUCCUUUUGGCUUCCUGCCCCUAGAUCUCCACUCACAUGUGGAAACAGACAGCACCUGUGUGGAGAGCUGACCUCGCUCUUCCAGCCCUGCCCACCACUGGGUUGAAGGGCAGACAAGAAGCGACUGGUCUGCAUUAUCGCAGCAAGUUGAUGGCAGUCCUGGCUGGAGAGGCAAAGCUUCCCUCGAGACGUGAGCAGCACCUGAGUGCUUCUGCGCCCUCUCUGAACUAGAAAGGUUCCUGCUAGGACUUUGGGGACAUGUGGCCCUUUAAAUUCUGAUGGAGGCUGUGGACCUUCUAGAAGUCACAUACUCAUGUAGCUUUCAAAAUACCAAGCAGUUUCAGGAGCCUUGGGACUCCAGACUAAAGACCUCAGCCCUGGGGGUUUCAUCUGCCAUCCCUUUCUUACUCCAUCCAAGUGUCUCUCUCUCCUCCUGGUUGCCUCUUGUUGGGAAUAAAGAAUUCUGAGGCUGAGCCCCUUUUAGUCCAUCCAUCCCUUCUCCCCAGUCUAACAAUACACCUGAUUUGUAGGACCCAGUCUCCCUACCUCAGCAUUGCCCAAGGAUCCCUGGGCUUGGUCCCUUUUCCCCUUUUUGUGUCUGACAGGAUGUGGGAUUUUACAAUGAAGCCCCCUGCUUGGCCUUGACUCUGAUUUCACUGUGGAGUCUCAAGGGGAGGCUGGACUGCUGAAGGGAUAGCGGAACAUUUUCUCUGUGUCUGCCCCAGGGAGAAGGAAUCCUGUUUCCUUUAGCCCCACGCAACCAAUCAGGCCUCUUGGUUGGCCAAGAUUCUCACCUGGGAAGGUGUGGGUAGAAAGGCACCAGAACCCUGCAUGGGCAUGUGCCCAUGGGUCUAGGCAGAGGGAGAAGUCAGUGGAGGAGUUGUGUGUGUCCCCUAAGCAAGCAGGUGUACAAGUAGGGGGUGUGGGUCUUGGGCUACUGUUGGUCAAGGACUCCUGUCUUCAAAUGUGAGCAGGUCAGUCAGGAGGCUGUGGAUAUUUCUCUUUUUCCCUAGAAUGAGGAAAGGGGAGGCCUCCCUUUUCUGCUAGGGCUUGGUAGGAACCUGUGGAUUCCUAACCUGGGGUCUUACUGCCUGUAUCCCCUAUGCAGUUUGGGUUACAGGUUCUUACUGAACCCCUAUGCCUUAUUCUGGGGUCACUGAGUACUAAAGCAAUCUGAGAAGGGGGAGCAUUCCCCAGACCCCAGGAGCUCCCAUGCAGCUCUUUUCCUUGGCUAGUCUAGAGGAGCCCUCACCGUGCCCCUCAGCUAACUGCCCAGCUCGUCUCUUCCCUGCUGUAACUGUACCCUGACUUCCCCUGUACUGCCCCGAAAUGUUCUUUUCCCCACCCCCAAAACCCUCCUUCUUCACCAGGGCUGAGCCUCCCAGCACCCCACCGCCAUGCUCCCUCUGGACAGUACUCACGUUAACACACGGUGUCUCCCUUGAGUACUACAUACUGUGUAGUCUUGUGCACGCUGCUUCUGUGUCUGUGUAUACGUAUACGUGCUGUGUGUGUGCGCACAUGUGCACCUCAAGUCCCCAACUAGACUGUGAGCUCCCUGAGGGCAAGGGGCUGUCAUUUCUUCUUCAACCCCAAGUGGGUCUAGCACAGGGCUGGGCUCCUAACUCUCAGGAAAACGCUUGUCAACUGGCUGAUGGAAUAAAUGUUGGAGGUUGGGGGUGGUGUGGGAGCUGUGCAAGGGGAGAGUGCACGAGAGUUAACUACAGAUGCAUUGGGUUGGGUUGUGGGCUGGCUCCUUGGAUCAAUAAUGGAUGCUUGAGGCCUCAGGUCUUUGCAUUUUGGGGGUGGUAGAAGCAGAAGGGAUACCCCCCAACACACACUAUGGCUACACAGGAGUGCACCUGAGUGGAUGUCCAGGUUGGGUAUUCCUGGAAGUCCCUGACAUCUGUUGGAGCCGACUCAAAUAAAUGUUCUCUACAACA